GUCGCGUGCUGCGUCGUACCGGCCCUCCUGUAGUCGUAAAAGUCCGGCUGCAUCGCCAUUUAGUUCGGCUUUUAGAGUCUGCGGGAGGUGAGACCUCGCUGUGAGAGAAGUGGUAUCUGGUUUAGCAGCAGGAGAAAUCCAGGCAUCAGAAGAGUCAUCAUGCCUCGUGGCCAGAAGAGUAAGCUUCGUGCCCGUGAGAAACGCCGCCAGGCUCUAGAAGCUGGGAAUGUAACGGGUCCUCAGGCUUCUGUAGAAAAAGAAGAAGAGUCCCCUCCUUCAAGUCUUCAUUCCACAGAUAAUCCUGACAUGUCAUCUGCUGCUGGAGCAACCAGCGGUCAAGAACUUGAGGGAGCCAUGGCUGCUGGUGCUACGGCUGCUUCAUACACAAGUUCUAAGGAAGACGCCAGCAGCCAAGUUGGGGAAAUGUUAAAGGACUUACAGGUGUCCACUGAGGCCUAUGAAGAAGACGACCUUGUAGAAGAGAGGGUUGCCCGCUUGGUAAACUAUCUGCUAUAUAAGUAUCAACUGAAGGAGCCCGUUACAAAGGCUGAAAUCCUGAAAAAUGUAAUUCAGAUAAGCAAGAAUCAAUUCUCCAAGGUCUUGAGGAAAGCUGCAAAUCACCUGGAGUUGAUCUUUGGCCUGGAUGUGAAAGCACUAGAUCCCAACAAGAAUAUCUAUAUCCUCAUCAACAAGAUGGAAUUAGACCAAGAUGCAACAAUGGGUGAUAAUCGACAUAUACCCACUACUGGCCUUUUGAUGACUAUCCUGGGCGUGAUCUUCACAAAUGGCAACCGUGCCACUGAGGAACAACUCUGGGAGGUGCUAAAUAUGAUGGGCAUAUUUUCUGGGAGCCAGCACUUCUUCUUUGGGGAUGCUACAAAGUUCAUCACCCACGAUUUAGUGAAAGAAAAGUACCUGAAAUACGAGCAGGUACCUGGCAGCGAUCCUCCAUGCUAUGAAUUCCUGUGGGGCCCAAAAGCCUAUGCUAAGACCAGCAAGAUGCAAGUCCUUGAGUUUUUGGCCAAGAUCCAUAAUACCACUCCUAGUUCUUUCUCACCUUAUUAUGAGGAAGCACUGAAAGAUGAAGAAGAAAGAGCCCAAGCCAGAGCUGCAGCUAGAGCUCGUGCAGGUGCCAAGGCCAGCUCACGUGCCAAGGUCCGGUCCAGCAGCCCUCCUAAUCCCAAGUGAAGUCUAAGAAAGGUACUUGACUGUGCUUUCAAAGAGAAAAGCUACUGUUCUCUUUAGUGGAGGGUGGCAUGAGGCUUGGCAACAACAUAGUGUAUAGUGUGUGCUUCUGUUCUGUGUGGUAACUUUGGAAACUUAGAUAUCUAUAUGUUGUUCCUUUUAGUAGAUAGUUUAUAUAGCUUCAUAAUUCAAUUUAUGAAUAAUAUAAGCCAUACAUUUUUCAAUGUUUAUGAUGCUUAAGAGUGAAG